UUUCAGAAAUCUAGCUUUACAAAAUUUGAUGCUCUCCAGAAACGGAAUCUUACUAAUAAUUUGGACAAUGAAAAUGAAUCCACCUGUCACAUUUGCCAAAAGCCAGUAUAUAAAAUGGAGGAAAUCAAAGCGGAAAAAUUUAAAUAUCAUAAAACUUGUUUUAGAUGUACUGAAUGUAACAAACAAUUGAAAGUGGAUAACUAUCAAAGUCACGAAGGGGCGCCAUUUUGCAUAGUGCAUUUUAAGCAACUUUUUUCUCCGAAAUGCGUUGAAGAUAAUGAACCUACUCAAGCACAAAAACCGGAAUUAAUUAUUAGAGAGAAUCAACCUGAACAAUUACCCUCAGAUGUAGUAAAAGCAUCUAUAAAGUCAGAUCUUGGUUUGGAAGAGUUACAGCAAUUAAAUCUUCGAGCUAAAUUUCAAGUAUUUGAAAACAAUAAUCAGCAACAAAAACUCACAGAUAAUAAAAAAGAACAGAAUAACGUAGUCAAGAGCAGUCGAUCAAUUUCCGAAAGAAAGGCCCAACUGCAAGAAAAUAACUUAGCUGUAAGCGAAGGAUAUGUUACCGAGAGCUAUAAGGACUCUGGUUCUGAUCACAAUAGCGAUGAUGACGAUUUUACUGACUUAAAGGACGGAUAUUCUCAUGAACAACUUAGUUGUAAUGGAAAAGCUCUGUCAGCAUUGAAGAAGAAUUUUGAAAGCGGUUCUAAAUUGUCUAAAGAAGAACGUAGGGAAGAAAGAAAACAAGAAAUACAAAACAUAAGAUCGCGUUUGUUUAUGGGUAAACAAGCCCGAAUCAAGGAAAUGUAUCAACAAGCAGUAGCAGAGUCAGAAAAAGCUAUAUUAUCAAUCAAUAAAAAGCCAGAUCUUGAUAUAGGUGGUAAUGCUCAUAUUUUAAAGGAGCUUUUUGAAAAAGGUGAACUUCUUAAUGGCACUGACUUAGAGGAUGAUGAAGAUGGCAAAACAGUGCGCCUAAAUACGUUGCAAAGUGAAGCAGAUGUUUUUGAAUCAGGUACAUCAACUACAAAUAGAUCCGAUAAAUGGAAAAAGUACCAAAACGAAGACACUGUUUACUGCCCAAAACCUUUAAAAUGCUUUACACCGCCACGAGAUUGUGAAAUGAAUACGACUCAAAAUCCAGAAUAUGAAGACGAUAGUGACGAUGACGAAAUAAACGAACAGGAUGACAAUUAUGAAGAACAUCCCCAUUUUAGACAUAUGGAGGAUGAAGACUUGAAAAAGGCUCAAGUCGCAGCUCGCGCCAAACUGCUGCGUGAAAAGUUUGAAAAGUGGGAAGCUAAUGAAAUACAGCGAGAACUUAAUGACGAACUUGUUGAUAUAUAUUCAGAAAAAGUAUCCGACGAUUCAACCAUCGAAUCCACAAAAACAAUUCGAGAUCGUUUUGAAAAUAUGAAUAACAAUGAGAAUCAACCGUCCUUAAAGCAGAGAUAUCAAGUUAACCGAUUUGUUUAAAUCAUGUUAAAUGCCAAAGGUUAUUGAUCCGGAGAUUUGUAAGAACCGUACUAUAAUUGGCACAUGCAGAACACAAACCAGAUAGCUUGGACGAACAAAAUGCUACCAUGAAUGAUGCAGACAAUUUUGCACAAACUUUUCAGUAUCACAUUAGGCAUCUUUACUUUUAUAUAUAUAUAAACGUCAUAAUUAAUAUAUUGUAA